GCCAGUGCAACUUGCGAGUGACUCUCCUGUGUCACUUUAACUUGGCAAGCAAUGCAUGCAUUAACAUUAGAAAAAGAAUGCGGAAAACUUCAAUGUAUUUUUAUUAAGAUAUUUAACUGCUGUAACGUUAUCUAAGUAAUUUGACAACUAUGCUAUGACUUGGUUAGUUACCUAGCUAGGUUGCUUGGCUUGGUUGACGUUUUUGCAGUAUUCGAAUAUGUAACGCCAGCUUUUCUGUUGAGCUCACGAGACGCGUUCCGGCCAGCAAAUCUGCAGUUAGCCUGACACUGUAACACCGGUGUCAGGAUGGAUACAGUGGCAAAAGCAUUGGAAGAGGUUCUCUCAUUGGCAUUACCCCAGGGAUGCAUAACAGUAGGGGUCUAUGAAGCAGCAAAAUCAUUGAAUGUAGAUCCAGAUAAUGUGGUUCUGUGCAUCCUGGCUACAGAUGACGAGGAUGUAAAGGACGUGGCCCUUCAGAUCCAUUUCACCCUGAUCCAGGCAUUCUGCUGUGAGAAUGACAUCAGCAUCCUGCGAGUGAACAACACCAGGCGUCUGGCAGAGAUCCUCGGCGGGGGAGGGAAACAGGGGGGAGAGCCCAUGGACCUGCACUGUGUCCUGGUCACUAGCCCACACUCCUCCUCCUGGAAAGACCCAGCCCUGAGCAAAGUGAACCGCUUCUGCAGGGAGAGCCGGUGCAUGGACCAGUGGGUACCCAUCAUCAACCUCCCUGAGCGAUGAAGGGUCCCCCCAACAGCAAGACCUGUGAAGGACUCUCUCUGUACGGGAGUAGAGUGAUCCCUGAUGGACACACUACCCUGGGAAAAUUCCUGAUGGAGGAAAAAGAAGAUAAACAACAACAAAAUAAAGCAUUUUGAGAAGAAAAAAAGAAGAUCAGAUCCAGCCAUCUAGAUGGGAAACAAAAGGGGAUGGAUUUCCACUGGGACUGGUGGAGUUGAACUCUCGGCUAUGGCAGUCGAGACGAGAUGACGAGGCACUUUUUAUGUUCGGUCACGAGACCGAAACCGAAGUCUGUGCUUUUUAACGGAAGAUGGACACACCGUACAGAAGGAUAAAAUCAUGUAUGGCAGAGCACUUCACCUUGUGGGGACUUUAAAGAUGGAGAAAAACUAAAAUAUGAGCUCUUUUGUAGGCACUGUUGUUAAGACAACAAAGGCCUCUCUCUUUGCCGAAACAUGAGCACUUGUAGAAACACUGGACUUUUGCAAUUUUAUUUUUUAUUCACACUGUUGAUGUUGUCUUUACUAUUGUUGUUAUAUAAUUAUUUAAAAAGGGAAGGGCUAAAUAUCCAAUGAACAGUGAAGAUACUAUGCAUUCAGUCAGUGUUUCCAAUGCCAACAGUUUUUUACACAAGUGAAUAGUUCUUUUUUUACAGUUAAGUUAUUUCUUAUGAUAUUUAAAUGUAUUUAUGUUAGCAAUUUUUGUACCAUUAUCUAUCUGCAAUUGUCUGCAAAGGCACAGAUGUAUUAUUGUUAUCAUCAAUAAAAAGUAUUUUUGGAGCCAGAAA